GAACUUCUCGCCCUUGACGAUCGCGGUGACCUGUGGCUAUGAGAACGUCGUCCGACUACUCCUAGAGGCUGACGCGAACAUCAAUCACAGUUCAGAGAAUGGAUGCACUCCAGUCACUUACGCAGUAAAAGGGAUCCAAGAGGAGGUCCUUCGUGUCCUUCUGGAGUACCAUCCUGACCUGGAGAUGAGAGACUCGGAUGGUGCUACGGCAUUAAAUUGCAUGGACAAGUCUACUCCUCUCAGCUUUGUGAAGCGCUUAGUCAAUGCCGGAUCUAACAUUGAAAGUCGUGAUAACGAUGGUUAUACGCCCCUCUGCAAUGCGGUCAUGUGCGAAGACAUAGAUAUCGUCAAGUAUCUGGUCAAGAAGAAAGCCAAGCUCGAAGUCACAGGCAAUUUAUUUGGCUCGCCUCUACACAUCGCUUGUCGUCGAGUGUUGACGGACAUUGCCAAAUUCCUGGUAGAAGCCAAAGCAGACGUUAAUCAAGUUCAGCCAACAAUUAUGGGAACCCCACUUCAAGCAGUUGCUCGUUGUUGGACCUCAAGGAAAGGAGAAGACCAAGAGAAGCUGAUUCGAUACCUGGUUGAAGAAGGUAAAGCGGAUGUCAGAGUAGUCGGAGGCUUGCUAGGUUGUGCAUUGAACGCUAUGUGUGGCUGGGCAUCAGCUGAGAUGGUCAAGUAUUUACUCGGAAAAGGUGCCAAGGUCGAUGUUCCUGAUUCCCAGGGGAGAGUGGCCACGCAUUAUGCAGCAGUACAAAGCGUUCACCACUUCACGCCGCUCAUCAAUGCUGAAGCAGAUAUUGAGCUUAAAGAUAAGAUGGAGCGAUCUACUCUUCAUUGGGCAGCAUUAGGUGGUCGAUUAGAUGUUGUUGAGCGUGUUCUGUAUCUCUCAAGAUCAUUGGUUGAUCAGCCGGACGUUGAUGGCUGGACACCUUUACUAUGGGCUGCGAGACAGUGUGGGACAGAACAUAAUGUAGGGACUGUAUCUGCACAGAAGCAGAUCAUCAAUUUCUUGAUCGGUCAAGGAGCUGAUCCAUGUGUUGUUGGCAAAACCCUCGAUGGAAGAGAGUGGACGACAGUAAAAGUUGCUCGAUACCAUGGUGUGGAUGAAGAGGUCAUUGAGUUAUUGAUCGAAAAGAUCAAAGAGAAGCUGGAGAAUGAGGGUAGUGCAGAUACAUGGGAUGAUGCUGUUCACGCCUCAGCGAAAGCUCAAGUUCAUACUGGGUCAUGUGAUAGCUGCCUUUCUGUAAGUUCUUAUUCCAUACUUGGAGCCCCGGCUAACAACAUCUGCAGGCUCUGUAUGGCAUUCACUAUAUGUGCCAGACAUGUCUCGACUUCGCGUAUUGCUAUAAGUGCUACACUUCCAGGCAUCUCUUCCAUCCAGACCAUGAAUUCAAGGCUACGGGAGAGGAAUACGAAAAUAUUGUCGAGGUUACAGCUCCAGAAUCCGAGGAGGAUGAGGAUACGGACGAUGAUACGGACGACGACGAUUCACAUGAAGAGCAGAAGAGGCAGUCGAGUGAAGAUGGAGCUUCGAAGGAGGUCAAGGAGGCAACCACAAAUGGAACCAUGGAGGAUUCGGAAGACUCUGAUGACUCGGAUGAUGAUGAUAGCGACUGAUGGAGUGCUACUGAAGACUAUCGGGGUACCCAUGGCAGUAAACAGUCUGUUGUCACAGUUUGGUCGCCACCAGAAGACGACCAGCAGAUAAUUUCGAUGAGAUCGCGUAGCAGCAGCAGUGUAAGGCAGUAUGUAGUUGACUGCUCGAUUGGGAAGGAGGAAUCUUAUCGAUGAUAACUGUACCAUUACAGACUCGAACAUAAGUCUACAUAGUCUAAUCGCACCCGACGCCAAGGCAGGUU